UCUCUAUCCAUUUUUCAAGUGCAAUUGUUAGUUAAAGUGACAAUUUAUUUAUUAUACAGAAUGAACUCCCUCAUCUUCAAAAACCACAAUCCACGUUUGUGUCUGUCACACAAACCACAACAAAUUGUGCAAUUUCAACAGAAUAUUAAAAAUUUUUCUAAUUUUUUACGAACAACAAAUUCCAGCAAUAAAAAAAUUACACAAACAAAUUGCACAUUUGAUGUUCGCUUGCUAGACACUAAUAGCUGCUGCGUUCAGUUUCGUGGAUAUUCUAUAAAAUUAAAUAAUUCCAUCGGAGAAACUAUUUUAAAAGUUAAUAAUACAUUUUUCAGUGAUUUAAUUAGAAAUAAUUGUCGUAAUUUCUUUUGGAAGAAAAUGGCUCCCAUUUUGGCACCUACUGUAAAAUUAAACAAUGGCUAUGAAAUGCCUGUUUUGGGUUUGGGCACUUAUGAGUCUAAAAACAAUGAAGGUGAAAUAGCUGUUAAGCAUGCCAUAGAUGUGGGUUAUCGUCAUAUAGACACGGCCUAUUUCUAUCAAAAUGAAGCUGAAAUUGGUAAAGCUAUUAAAGAUAAAAUAGCUGAGGGUGUUGUUAAACGAGAAGACAUUUUUUUGGUCACCAAGUUAUGGAAUAUACAUCAUGAACCUGAACGUGUGGAGGGGGCCUGUCGUAAACAAUUGCAAUUAUUAGGCUUGGAUUAUAUAGACCUAUAUUUAAUGCACCUACCGGUAGGUUAUAAAUAUGUCAGCGAAGAAGAUUUAUUGCCUAAAGAUGAGUCUGGUACUCUGCAAUUGAGUGAUGUUGACUAUUUGGACACUUAUAAGGCUAUGGAGAAAUUGGUUAAAUUGGGCUUAGUGCGUAGCAUUGGUGUUUCCAAUUUCAAUAGCCAACAAUUACAACGUGUUUUGGAUAAUUGUGAAAUUAAACCGGUAACAAAUCAAGUUGAAUGUUCGCCGGCCUUAAAUCAACGUAAAUUGACACAAUUCUGCAAAGAGCGUGAUAUUACUUUGACUGCUUACUCACCUUUGGGACGUCCUAAACCAGCAGAAAAGAAACCCGAGUUUUAUUUCUCUGAUAAGACUAAAGCUUUAGCAGAGAAAUAUAAUAAAACUCCUGCUCAAAUUGUGUUGCGUUAUUUGGUUGAUAUUGGUGUUAUACCCAUCCCCAAAUCUUCUAAUCCUCAACGUAUUGCCGAAAAUUUCAAUAUUUUCGAUUUUAAAUUGUCUCCCGAAGAUAUUGCCAUUAUGGAUACAUUCCAUACUGGUGAACGUUUGGUGCCUUUUAACUUGAUUAAAGGUCAAAAUCAUAAAUAUUGGCCUUUCAGCAUUGAAUUUUAAUUUCAGUUUUGUAUUUUCUUUAAUACUUUACAACUUUAUGGAGAUUAUUUGAUUUUGAAAAAAUAAAUUUACAAUAGAAAGUGUAUUCGAUAUUAUAUACGCUAUUUCUUACAGUAAAUAAAAAACGUAA